AUGGGGGGAGGAAUGGAAGCAAACAAGAACAAAUUCAUAGAGGAUUGGGGCACUGCUAGAGAGAAUCUGGAGUUCAAUUUCCGUUGGACUCGCCGCAACCUCGCCCUUGUUGGCAUCUUCGGCAUCGCCAUUCCCGUCCUCGUCUACAAGGGCAUCGUCCGUGAAUUCCAUAUGCAAGAUGAAGAUAAUGGUCGGCCGUACAGGAAGUUCAUGUGA